ACGAUUCGCAAACGCACUGGCCGCCAAGCCCUUCUUGCCGACGGAAGGGAUAGACAAACCCACCUGUCCCCCGUAAUUUUCAUUAAAAUUGCUAGAACUCACUGCACAGCGAAUAUAUCCGCAGUCUGUGCACAUCACGAGAAAAAUAUUUAAUGAGUGGCUCCUAUUGGUCGGCACGGUCGACGCAAACUCGACUACGAUGAUGACUUUUCAGCGCCGCUCGCAGUCUUCACGCGAGUGCUUUAUGAUUCACUUCAAAAGCUAAUUUACAUUGGUAUUCAGAUUCGCGACGGAGAUAUCUCCUCGUCUCUUCGUUUCUCCGAGACCGUUUGUCGUUCGUAUCGUGCACCUGUUCACUCGUUCGGUUAGACGAACAGUCGAGAGGCGAGCAUUAUGAUCCGGAAGAACACGAUUAAUCACACGUUGAAAUUUUUGUUUAUUCUGUUCGGUAUUUGGCCAGGCAUGCCAGCCGUUCUGCUCUGCAGGGUAUUUUGGGUCGUCUCAUUAGUGUUCGUCGGAUACUGUCAUUACCAUUAUUUGGUGACUCACAUAUAUACCGCUGAGCUUCUCGAUCUGAUGGACUGUUUGUGCAGCUUUUUGGCGUAUACCAAAGUGUUAAUAAAGUUUAGCAUAUUUUGGCUGAAUCAACAAAACUUCGUCGAAGUCUUGUCGUUGAUGUCGGACGAUUGGGACAAGUGCGCCAAGUGCGAUAUGGAAUUACGCGAGGCGGGACACAAGGCGAAAACAUCGGAUCGUCUCACGAACUCGAUAAUCGCACUUCACACGAUGACGAUCUUCGCGUAUUGCACCAAAUCUCUCCUGGGCGACGUCGAAGUCACAAACCAUACGACGGAGAUACCCUAUGUCAACAAGAUAGACAUCCCCUUCGACGUUAACACGCAAGUCACAUACAAAGCUAUAUUAAUCAUCGAAUUCUUGUACAUGAUCAUGUGCGGAUGGGCAACCGGCGUGACGAACGCAUUGCUAUUGUGUCUGGUGACACACAAUUAUCUAUCAAUUACACGUGACCACAAUGAUACCACUGAAAAAACGUUACACGCCGCCGGCCAGAUAGACAUUCUACGUAACUGGUUCACACAACUUGUGCCUCACGCAAAUGAGAACAAGCACAAAUCGAUCAACAUUACGCUGAACCAGAUCAUAAAGAAGCAUCAGAAAAUCAUCUACUUUUCGGAAAGUAUCGAGAGCCUCUACACGCACGUCGCGUUCCUACAGUUCGGGUCGAACAUGAUAAUGAUUUGUUCGUUGGGCUUUCUUAUCGUAACGGUAAGAUCGUUGACUAUCAGAGAUAGAUACUUAAGCGAAUGAUAUGUAAGUAUAAAAUUACUUCUAAAAUCAUUUCUUCUCCCUUCUUCGUCUACACGCGGUAUGUCUCAUGUAAAAACUUGCGUUCUC